AUGCCUGGGAAUCGUCGCUUGGAAGUUACGGAUAGCGCUGGCGACGUUCCCGCUCUGCCAACAGCUUUUCCAUUACAACGACAUUUAAAGCCUCGUUUAUCGGGCCUUCCUCUCCGUUUCUCCCUCCAGCAUCCUUUCUCACCCCCCUCGUAUCAAUUUCAGCACGGCGCCUGUAGCUGCUCCCCUUUAAAGUACACGCACAUCGACAUAUGCGGACAUCUGCCCAAGCCUCACCACCUACCCUACAGCGGGAAUCCCGUCCUGGCACUGUCCUACUGCUACCUCAUUCAGGGCAAGUGCCUGACGGUCAGGAACGACCUCCCCUUCGAAAUGCAGUACGUCUGCGAGGUGGAUUGCAAGCCAGUGUGUUUGCAACCCUGUCAACCUUGCCCGCCAUGCCCUGUCCCGUGCGAGGUUAAGGUCCCCUGUUCCCCGUGCGACCCCUGCUGUUUACCAAACUGUUAUCAAGCCCCGCCUUGCCCACCCUGCGUUAUGCCUCCGAGUUGCCCGCCCUGUGGCGUCGAACCAGUGACCGUCGUCGAGCCCAUAUGCAAACCCAAUGUUCAGAAGAACGUGUGCGGUUGAAAAUAGUUUCUUGAGGCUAUGGCUUGGUAAU